UAUAUGACAACCGCCUCUACAUGUCCUCUUGUACGCAACAAUUCACAAAUAUAACAUAAAACGCCUCUUCGAUCGGUGACCGAAACCCUCUCGGCUACUUUCCUUUCUUCCUCCAAAUUACCCUCUGUUUUUCUUCUCCGCCAUGUCUUCUAUGCUAGGCUCUCAAGGUUUGGUCCUGGCAACUGCCAUGGCCGUCUCCAGCAUGCUCGUCUUUCUUCAUUUCUCCAGGCAAAAGAAUUUCCCACCAACCCAACUUUCCCAUCAGUCUCCGAACCAAAUCCCUCUACGUUCUUGCUUGUAUUCAGGUGAUAGGAAGAGGGAGAGGAAGAAGAAGAAAGUACAUUUUGCUGAAAAUAUUGAGGAGGAGGAGCGAGCUGGGGAUGGAGAGGAGGAAGAAGAACCGAUCAGUAUAGAGAAGAGCAAAGUCGAAACAAGUUGCAGAAACGAAAUUCGACGAAAAAUUCCGGCGAAUCGAAUCGCUUUGUACAACGGAAUUCUCAAGAACCGCAUGCAGAGGAUGGAGUGUUCUCAUUGAUUGGUCUGGAAAUUUCUGGGGUUCUUGGUUUCUUGGCUACAUAGAAGGAAAAAAGUCUUGGUCUUCCGUGGUUGUAAAUUUGUUUUUGUCUUCUUUCUUUUUCUCUUUGUUCCCCAAAAAAAUGUGGUUGUAAAUACUUCGAACUCUGUCCAAUUAAUUAAGAAAAUUUGGGCAAUGCUUUUUUCUUCUACUUUCGACCCAUCAAAUUUAGAAAUGUUUGAAUAUAAUUUCAUGUUUCUGGUUUA